AACAUUUGAUUCUUCUCAAUUAUCGUCUUCUCCAAUAUCAAGAUUGAGUCCCAUUAGUUUGAUGUGCUAUAAUGUUCUUAGACAAUAGUGAAAUAGUUUGUUAUUGUUAAUCACCAAUUUUCAGAUUAUAAGGUUAUACAAUUUUGGCACAUCCAAUUGUUUAAAUUCAAUAAAGAAAAUUUAAAAAUAAGAAAGGGGAGUGUUUUCAGCUCCAUGACCAGUUGACGUGAAAUUAAAUUUUGAAAGUCAUCAAAGACGGCAGAGAGUUGAAGAUUUAACAAUGUUUUUUUCUUCUUAAUCAUAAUACUCAAUUAUUUUUCUUCCUAAUCAUAGUUUUCUCCAAUUUCUCAAUUGACUCUCAUCACUUUGAUGUGUUAUAAUGUUUUGAGACAAUAGUGAAAUCAUUUCUCAAUACUAAAUUCUACUGAUGUAUAGGUCACAUCAUAUAUAAAGAAAACAAACUAAAUUUGGAUGAUGCGAUGUCCACACUAAAAACAUUUUCCACAAACUAUUCAUGCGUUAGCAGAGCACACAGACAAAAGAGAGGGAAUUUUGAUUGUCGCCGCCAAUGGCCGGGAAAGCUGGAGCAACUCCGAGCACGUACUCGCCGUCUCCGACGACCCACAAGACUAAAUCACUAAGCUUUGGAAACGACGACGUUCUCCGACCCGAUGACCGUGAAUGGCACCAAUGCAGACCUGCCUUUUUCCAGAUUGGUGUUGUAGCUGCUACUGCUGGAUCUGCUUAUGCAGAUUUUGGAAGCACCAAGGUCAUUGUUUCUGUGUUUGGGCCAAGAGAGAGUAAGAAGGCAAUGAUGUACAGUGAUAUAGGACGUUUAAGUUGCCAUGUCAGCUAUACAACUUUUGCUACCCCAGUUCGUGGACAGGGGUCGGACCACAAAGAGUUUUCUUCAAUGCUUCAUAAAGCUUUGGAGGGUGCAAUAAUAUUGGAAACUUUCCCCAAGACUACUGUGGAUGUUUUUGCAUUGGUGUUGGAAUCUGGGGGCAGUGAUCUUCCUGUAGUGAUAUCAUGUGCUAGCCUUGCCCUAGCAGAUGCAGGGAUAAUGAUGUAUGACCUUGUUACGUCAGUUUCAGUGUCUUAUUUGGGAAAGAACCUUGUCCUUGAUCCUACUUUGGAGGAGGAAAGCCACCAAGAUGGAAGCUUAAUACUUACUUGUAUGCCUUCUCGCGACGAGGUCACUCAACUAACCAUUACCGGGGAAUGGUCUACCCCAAAAAUUAAUGAGGGAAUGAAGAUUUGUAUGGAUGCCUGCUCAAAGUUUUCACAGAUCAUGAAGUCAUGCUUGAAAGGACUUGAUUCUGCUUUGGAAGAAGAGGAUAGUAAUGUUGAUUAGGUAUUAUCAUUAUUUUUGUAUUACAUGAAUCAAAUUUUGACUAUAUAGGAGAAAGAUUUAAUCCUGA